CACCCUCUCUCUCCGGUCAUCCGACUCCAAAACCUCCUCUGCCGAGCCAUAUCUCUCCGUCUUCCCUCCCUCCCUCACACAGGCACAGAAACAAUUCUCUUGCUGCUUCCAUGGCCGCAGCAGGAGCGAGCACAGCUCUGUUGAGCGCGGCCCUGGGCACGCCCUUCGCCCGGCGCCACAACGGCGUGCCGGGCACCGUGAGCCUGCGGGCCCUGCCGCGCACCGGGCGGGCGCUCUUCGGGCUCGAGUCCAGCCGGGGGCGAGUGACAGCCAUGGCAGUCUUCAACGUGAAGCUGAUAACGCCGGACGGAGAGGUGGUGUUCGACUGCCCGGACGACAGGUACAUCCUGGACGAGGCGGAGGAGCAGGGCAUCGACAUGCCGUACUCGUGCCGGGCGGGAUCGUGCGUGACCUGCGUCGGGAAGAUGGUGGGCGGCGAGGUGGACCAGUCCGACGGCAGCAUGCUCGACGACGACCAGAUGAAGGAGGGCUACGUGCUGACCUGCGUUGCCUACCCCAGGUCCAACGUCGUCAUCGAGACUCACAAGGAGGGAGAGAUUGGUCCUUGAGAUGUCUUUUGGAAUUGAUGUGCUUGAGUUUAUGAUCAUCCUUAUUGUGUCAGUAAUUUGUUACUGAUUAGUGCUUUCGUUUUAAAGUUUUUUGUUUGUUUUCAUUUCUUUUAUCUUCUUCUGUCCGAGGUUCCUUGCCAAGUUAUCCUCGACAAGUGGAUAAGGGUCGUGAAUAUAAGUAUCUUUGUAGCUCAAUAGCGUAGAGCUUUGAUAACUAGUAAUUAAAAACCGUAGAUCAUGGAUGGCGCUAA